AUGAUUUCUGAUCCGGAGGAAAAAAAUUACUCGCAAGCUUCAAUAAAAAAGAUAUACGAGACUGAUGUUCAGAUAAAAAGACUAGCGUCAUUCACUAAAAUAAAAUUCACAAAAAUCUCGAAUUCACUCAUACCAGCUAUUGACACCAAUUACAACAAUGAAGAAACCAGACACGUAUUACGUCGGUACACUUACUUUGGCGCCACAUACGGUCUCGCAUUCUCGCUGAUAUUUGACGUCGAUGAGACGAACGCAUGUGUUAAAAAGACGAAAGUCAAUGUUGGAUUUGGUGCUAAAAGCGAGCUUGGCAAGUUUAUAGAAUUUGUAGAACAUGAAAAUAAUAUCCACAUAUUCUUCAAAGGCCUUAUAUCCUACGCACGAUUAAACCAGCAACGCACGCGUCUAUUCGAAGCGCUUAAGCGAAAAUACCACCGGUCGUUAUUGAUUUCGUCGUCAUCGUCUACAAAUGAAUACUUGGAACCUGAGGAAAAACAAGACUUUGGUGAUGCAAUUGACCUUACUCUAUACUGGCGCAACACCGUUUCUCGUACCGGACAUGUCGUGCCCAAUAUACAGCUGAUACCGCGUGUACCGCCAAAAUGGGAAAUAUUUGACGAAAAAAAUCUCGUUUCGCAGUUACCGGCACAGUUCUUGAAGCUGGUCCAGUUGAAGGGUGUUCAGGGUGCGGUAGAAGUGUGUGUUCGGUGUAUUUUUGAUCUUUGA